AUGUCGGGGGAGGCGAGUGCGCCGGGGACCUCCCCCAGGGCACCGCGUCCCGGGACCCAGAAGACGUCCGGCGCAGUGACCAAGAAGGGGGACCGCGGGGCCAAGGAGAAGCCGGCCACCGUCCUGCCGCCAGUGGGCGAGGAGGAGCCCAAGAACCCUGAGGAAUACCAGUGCUCCGGGGUCCUCGAGACGGAUUUCGCAGAGCUCUGCACGCGCUCGGGCUACUCGGACUUCCCCAAAGUUGUCCCCCGGCCUCGUCCGCACCCGACCUUCGUCCCCUCGGCCUCGAUGUCGGAAAAGCCGGCCCUGGACGAUCAGCGCCUGUCGGGGUCUUGCAGCCUCAGCAGUCUGGAGAGCAAGUAUGUGUUCUUCCGGCCCACCAUCCAGGUGGAGCUGGAGCCCGAGGAUAAGUCGGUGAAGGAAAUCUACAUCCGUGGUUGGAAGGUGGAGGAGCGGAUCUUGGGUAUCUUCUCUAAAUGUCUGCCUCCGCUCAGCCAGCUGCAGGCCAUCAACUUGUGGAAGGUCGGGCUGACGGAUAAGACCCUGACGACUUUCAUCGCCCUCCUGCCUCUCUGCUCAUCCACAAUCAGAAAGGUGUCUCUGGAAGGCAACCCGCUUCCUGAGCAGUCCUAUCACAAGCUCAUGGCUCUGGACAGCACGAUCUCGCACUUGUCCCUGCGGAACAACAACAUCAAUGACCACGGGGCGCAGCUGCUGGGCCAGGCUCUGUCCACACUGCACAGCUGCAACCGGACCCUGGUCUCGCUCAACCUGGGCUUCAACCACAUCGGGGAUGCAGGCGCCAGCUACAUCGCAGACGGCCUCCGGCUGAACCGCGCCCUGCUCUGGCUGUCCCUGGCACACAACCGCAUCCAGGACCAGGGUGCCCUGAAGCUGGCUGAGGUCCUGCGCCCCUUCGAGCUGACACACACUGAGGUGGUGGAGCGCCGCCGCCUCCUGCUGGAGAAGGGGUCGCAGGAGCGCUCAGGAUCGCCUUCCUCCUCCCGACAUGGGGAUUCCAAAACAGAGCGGGAGAAGAACCCCCUGAUGGGGGUCAGCAGUGCUGCGUUGGCAGAAAAGGCAGACAAGACCCAAACGACGAAGACCCCGAAAAGCCAGAGCAAGAAGAAAGAUAAGUCAGGGGAAGUGGCGAAGAAAGAGGAGAAGUCAGGGUCUGGGCAGUCACCCACACAGGGAACCCCUAAGAAAGAAGACCCUAGCAAGGCCGGCAAGGGCAAGGUCACCAUCCCCGAGCAGAAGCCCAGCAAGGGAAAGGGACCCAAGACUGGGAACAAAGAGAAACGCAGCUUCCUGCUGGAGUCUGAGCUGGUGGCUGAAGCAUCAGAGGUGGUGAACCCUCUCCUGGAACCCGUGGAGCACCGAGACGGGAAGGUGUUCAUGCCUGGGAACAAGGUCCUUUUGCACCUCAACCUCAUGCGAAACCGCAUCACAGAUGUGGGACUGGAGGGCUUCCUGGCCACCGUGCAGCACCAGGCUGAGCUCUCCAAGUCCAAGAGCGCAACCAAGGGCCCUGUGGGGCUGCUGUGCCUGUCCCUGGCGAAAAACUACUUCUCCCCACAAUGUCCCACGUACACCAUGAUCCAGGAGCUGAUGCUGUCAAGGGAUCCCAUCAGUAAGGCCAAGCCCAGAGAGGAGGACAGCAUGGCUUCCUCCACCUAGCCCCCACCCCACCUCUCCCCAGACCCUGGGCUGCUGCAGUCCUGCUGGCUGUGUGGUGGGCUGGCCUCCCUGGGGGGAGACCUCAGGUCCUGAACAAACUCUACGGCUCUACUUUUCCCCCUGAGGUGGUCUGAAAACUUGGUUCCAGAACUA